UUGUUACCAUAAGCGUUUUUACCACUUCUUAUUUUACAUUUCUUUACCAAAAAUGGGUGAAGAUAUUUCCUUCGUUCUCAAUUUCGUUAGUGAAAAGAGUUUGGAGGAAGCUGUAGAAAAAGUGUUGGAUGAUUUGAAAUCAGGUGCCGAUCCCAUUCACAACUGGAAGGUUCUUCAUCUUCUCUUGAGCAGCGCCGGAAAAAGUGUCAAGAUUAAUGCAAAAGAAAUUGUUAAUACUUGUUUGUUACACUUAAAAAAACAAGACAACUCUGCUCAAGCUAGAAUUAUUUGCAAGAUUCUUGUAAUUCUAUCUGAGAAAGCAGAAAAAGUGGACAUUGAAAGCGAGCUUGAGGCUUUUCUUGAAGACCUGCAGUUCAAUAUUAUUCAACAGUCAAAUACCCAUCAACAGCAUGAUGAUUGUAUUAUAGAUUAUCAAACCGCAACAACAGUUUUAUCAUUGACUUUACCAACAUUUGUGAAAACUGGUAUGCUUAAAAAUCAAACUAAAUUAUUAGAAGUCAUUCCAGCAAUGAUUCAAUCCAGGAACGAAAAUUCCAUUGUUGAAGCACUAGCCUUCAUGCUACCUGCUGUAAUCAAUCAUGAAUCAUUAUUUGAAACAGUCUGUAAUUCCAUUCAGGAACUUUUUGAAGCAGAAAACAGUUUGGAUAAACUCGCAAACCAUCCUGGCCUCACUGCCUUGUGUAGUGUUGGAGAUAUUCUUUUUUCCAAAAACAUUCAACACACUGUCUUGCAAGAAACAUGGUUUCAUCGUGCAAUCCAGCGAGGCCUGUCCAACCCAGCAGCGCUGAAUCGCAAACGUUCACAGUAUUUAUUGAAGCGCUAUGUGGACGCAACGGACGCAAAUGUCAACCUCUUCAAUGAUUUCAUUUUGGUUAUGGAAACAUUAGAAGAGAAACAAAUGCAUAUUGUAAACCCUGUGCUUACCAGAAUGAAGUCAUUGGAAGACCGCAUACUUAUCAAGAAAGAAUCUGAUCCUUCCUGGAUAUUAUGUAUUUAUAAACGGAUUUUAUCUCACGAAAAUAUCCAAGUAAUCAAAUGGGGCUUACAUAAACUCUGCCAGCUAAAAGUUGAACACUGGCCUGGAAUUGGACAAAGUGAUUGGCUUUACGAUGCUCUACUUAUGGGUCUUAACAAUAUGGUUUUUUACGUCCGAGAAAAAGCAUGCCAGCUUCCCCAAUUGGGAAUAGAUUUGGGAAAAUUCUUGCAAAAAUGUGCAACAAUGGAAAUGGAACGCGAAGGAUUCUUUAUCCGGUUACUAGGUAAAAUGUCCCUCGUUCCAUGGAACGCGGUUGGUCUAUUUCAUUUGGUUUACGCCUUUGCCUCCCUUCCACGAAACGCAAUUCUCGACGGCGAAGCCCUUCAGAUUGUGCUGGAAUUUCUUCGCAGUGCCUUGCACACGCACCACCCGCUGCUUCGUGGAGCCAUACAGGGACUACUGUUGGAAUUCGUAUUGAACAUGAUCGUAGUCUCUCAAGAAAAUCUACUGUGGGUAGCGCUCAUUUUAGCAACUCUCAAUCCUCAUGAAAGUUACAUCCGCACAGCUCCUCUCUAUGCCACUCUGAAGAUUUGGAUAAACGAAAAUUUUACUCCAGUUCAGCACGGGCAGUUGCUCGGUCAACUUUUGUCCAUGCAUUUUGAACCAAGUGGUGACGUUCGCACUGCCUACUCAGUGGAUGUCACAGCUGUGGCUAGAUUCGCAGUUUUGUUAAUGGAUGUCGAAACUACCGACUUAGAAGGCAUACGACAAAUGCAGAUGCGUUUGGAGCCUCUCAUAGACUGCCAUACUCGCUUGUAUGCGGAUCCGCGCACGUUAAAUCAACGAAUGAAAUUGAUGGUUACGUUGUUAGAUGAAGUUCGUUCUUCAAAUUCUACUGCAGUUCUCCGCCUGGUAUUUCCAUUCACCGAGUCGGUGAUACAUUAUUGUCUCGAUCAAAUCGAAUCGGCAGCGAACUACAAUAGCGUUUGUGAAAGCCUAUCGGUGUUGGAAUCCAUUGCAAAAACAGAAGAUCUUAUCGGAGUGAUAGCUGCACCUGGAAAGAGGUUAGAGAUGAUGGCACGUAAAUUACUUGAUGGAUGUUCUGCCCUAGAAAAAUUUAAAAGCAUUUCUAUAUUGUACCUUAUUGCCCGAUUCAACCAGCCUGUAGUGGACCAGUUCAUCCAUGAAAUGAUUUCAUUAAAAAUGCAUUGCCGCGCUCCACAACGUGAUGAUUCCGCCUUAGAAUAUGUCACAUGGGGCGCUUUUAUGUCCCAUUACUUUUCUCAACUAUGGACACUGAUACAGCAACGCCUAGCAUUCAUAGAACCCAAAUUAAAUCCGGAGGAAUUGGUAAAUGAAGUGAUUUGUGCAAUGGAUAUAGCUGGUGUGGAAGCUGUGAAAUCGAUUUUUAACUGUCUGGGUCAUCUUUUGCCCAAAGUGUGUGAAUCUAAUCCCGACCUAUGCCUCUCAAGCCUCAAAGCCUGUUGGACUGUGUGCUUUGAAUAUCGCCGUUCGGACCAUUUUUGGGACCUGAUGGAACAAUUUGCCAAAACAGCUUUCAAUAGUUCUCUAAUGGAGCAUCCUGAAAUUCGCCCACAGCUUUUCGGUUUUCUCUCUGAAUUAAAAAACCAAGGAGAGAAUAUUCUGCAACUUUUCAAUUUCUCUGCUGAACGCAUAAUUGAUAUCUGGACCACCACUGCCUUCCCAUCAAACGAUUCCUAUACGAUCCAGUUCGUCGUUGAUCUCAUUACUUUUGGACUGAUUCAUCGCCGGGAUGAAAUGAUAUUUUUUGAAACUUGUGCCUUUGUGCGUUCCCUAGGCGAACGAUGUCCUGCAAAUAUUCACCUUCGGAGUGAAGACAUGGCUGACGGGAAAGUACGCUUCCAAGGCUUGCGCUUCCUACUUUCCUUCAACAAGUUGAACGAACAGCACAUGGCCAUGGUAGAAAGUCUAGUGGAAGCCUUGCUGAAAGAAGAUAAGACCAUGUCAGAGACGAAAACGCGUUAUUUUUCCAGCUCACAUGGACAUCGCGUAAAGCAUCGCUUGUGGCUUGCAUUAAUAAUCUUACAGGAUUUAUUACCACUUGGCCACAAACUAGCAACAGAAAUUAUGGAAGCAGCCCUUUCAGGGCUAGUGGAUGACAAUCCACAACCUAGCGUUCGAUUUUUGCAAGAGUGGACGGUGGUACGGACCAUUUAUCACUCGCCAGAGUUAGAAAAGAUUUUCUGGAAAACAAUGGACGACGCAGUAGAACAGAGAGCCGGUUCAAUGGUCUCCUUUUUGUCCAUAAUAGGACAUGAAACUCGUUGCCUAGCUGAUUGUGAAAGAUUAGCAUCAUUUGCAUCAAAUGCCUUACCACGCGUUAUUCCGUGGGCUAUGGCUCAACAUUUUACUCCCCGUCUUUACGCCACUGUCAUUCUUGGAAUAAUUUGGACAGUCUGCGAAUCCUCAAAAAUUAAUUCGUUACUGAAAAUAUAUUCAACAACUCAACAGAUUUUGCGCCAUGCCCCCGACAUGCCAAAUACGCAACGAAAUUUAGAAAAAUUGAGCCAAGAUUUCUAUUUCAGUGUUUUCCACCCUUUAUCCCAUUUUACUUUGGAGACGCUAUGUUAUCAUUUACCAAGACUUUCACAUUUGGUCUGCGAAGAGUGGCUACCUGCCGAAUGGUUUGAUGGCGUUAAAACUUGGAUUCCUUGUCGCAAUGCGGACGGACAACUAGCCGAUUGUCAACCAGCUGAAUGGGUGGCCAGGGCAGCUGGAGGUGCGCCAGCCUUCACUCAAGAUGAUUCCGUUAGUCCAGCAAUGGCAGUUCGGAAUGUUCAGAAAAAGAUAACACCGUGGAAGCAAAUGCUACCGGAUGUCAAUAGCCUUGUCGUAUCUGCCGGCAGGAAGAAGACUACUACAAAUGAUCUUAUUGUGAUUGCUUCGCUUGUCGAUCGGAUACCAAAUUUAGGAGGAUUGUGUCGGACUUGUGAAGUACUCGGCGUAAGAGAUUUCGUCUUGUCCUCAUUGCGGAUCACUGAAGAGAAAGAUUUCGUAAGCCUCAGUGUUUCGGCUGAAAAAUGGAUCAACGUACUUGAAAUAAAGCCGUUUCAACUAGUAGAAUAUGUAAAACAACUAAAGCUGGAAGGCUACACUGUUGUCGGGGCGGAACAAACGGCGAGCAGCCAACCCUUAAAUCAUUUCACUUUUCCCAAAAAAUCAGCUCUUAUUCUUGGUCAUGAAAAAGAAGGCAUUCCUGUCGAGCUGAUUCAACACCUUGAUGUCUGCGUUGAAGUGCCACAAGAGGGAAUAAUUAGAUCAAUGAACGUCCAUGUCACCGGAGCCAUCUUUAUUUGGGAAUAUGCGCGCCAACAAAUGGGGUUGUCUCACAUACGAUAAAUUUGGAAUUUCCCCUACCUUAUCUGGAAUAAUUGUUGUUAUUUCUUGUUGCUCAUUAAACUUUUUACGGGAAAAUAGUGGGAUCUUACCUGUGUAAAUACCGAUUAAAAAUGCAAUAAGUAAGUACAGUUGAA